GAUUAAAAAUAAAAAUCACCCUCAUAAUUUUUCAGUCUCGAGUCUGCACUCAGUUGAAUGUCUCCAUACUAAUUCACGCCACCCCCCCCCAAAAAAAAGUGUCCAUUUCAGUUAUUUCCAAAUGGGGAAUGUUUUCUUAAGAGAUGUAGCAAAUCGAUUAUCCUCAAUGUCGAAAAUAGAAUAUCUCGUUUCCAAACCCAAACCAGGAGAAAUGGCUGAACAAGAAUGCACUGUGUACAUAUGAGUUAGAAAAUUGUUCUGAUAUUUACUGCGCCUUUCAAGGAUAUUCAAUACGAAAUGUAGCUUUCCAAUCUUUUCUGUCGUGUUCUAGUCGAACCCUACAGAACAUUUCGAUUCCAGAUAAGAAGGAAUAGGUCUCUUGAUUAUUAUUUUUUUAAUGAUAAAAAUUCAUCCUCUCUAUUUACAAGGUUACUUUUGGCUUUAAAUCCUUUGGAAGAUGAAGGAAAUCCAGAUUUUUUGCCUGUGGUAGAAACAUUUCCAACCCAGAUCCUGAAACCCUGGAAAAUUGUCAGGCCUCUGAGGGGUUAACAUUAAUUUUUUAUUGUGUGAUACCAUCCUGAGAAAGAAUGUAUAUCUGUGUUUACAGAGACUUCUUCCAAAAAUGGAAAUUGGAGAUUUUUCUAAAUUGAGGCUUAAGUCUUUUUCUCAAAGACCCAUCUAGUUUAACGUUGGAACAAUAUUCUUUUGUCCUAGUUUUAAUGGGCCACUUGAAGGGUUCCUCUUCCUCCCUGCCCCCACCCUAUUGUGUUCUCUAUCCACUAAGAGCCCACCUGAUCCCUUGGCUGGCAUUGGUUCUUCACAAGUUGAUCCAUAGAUGAUGGUGACUUAGGGGAAAGUAGACAGGGAAUAAAGCGAACAAAAGUUUAAAAUCCCCCAAACCAAUUCUGGAGUACAUGACGAUGAUCAUGGUAAUUGUAAUGAUUUUUAUAGUACAUUAAAGUUUAUAAAACAUCGUAAGUGUUAUAGGAUUUGGUCCUCUUGACAAACUUAUGAGGUAGGUAUUGUUAUUAUCCCCAUUUUACAGAUGAGGGAACUGAAUGCCCAGAAUCACACAGCAAAGAAUGGUCCAAGGCUGGAUUUGAAUUUGCAUCUCCAACUCCAGCACUGCGCCACCUGGGCACCAUGCCAGUUGGAGUCUGUAGGGCUUAUUUAAAUAUUUGCCACUUAAGCCGACCCCCGCUAAUUUGUGGGUGUCAGGGACAUCUGGGAGAGUCACCCCAUCUUACACUCAGCCUUCAUGCUUUGACACCACAUGGGCAUUUGGGAAUCCGGGCCAAGAUGUUUUCCAAACCCUCUGAUCUUCAGAAGUGAUUGAGUCCACAGGGCAGAGCUUCCCAGAAAGCUCAGUCCCCAGAGCAGAAAUCCUGGGGAGGAGCCUUGGCUUUGGUGUUCUGCCUGUCCUCCUCUCACUUCUCACUUUCCUGAGGAACCUUUCUCUUCUUCAGAAGAGGAUUUUCUGAUGAGGAAGGCAUUGGCUGAAGGGAAGGGGAAGUCUUUCUGGAUCUCUUUCCCUCCUGUAGAAGGCACUUAAAGAUCAAGUACUGUAGCAUCUCAAGGACAUAGUUGACCCAUCACAGUAGAGCCCUGUGGGACUAGACUGGGACUUAAGAUAAUCUGGGUGUGUGGGAAUUGGGGAAAGUAGUUCCUCAGUUUCCUUAGCUAUAAUAAGAGAGAAUUGGGUUUAGAUAAUAACUGGAAAUUCACAUGGAUCAUUAAAAUAUACAAAGCACUUUUCAUGCAUUACCUCAUUGAGCCUAAUAACCAUGGGUUAUAAUACUCUUUUGUGUCAUGGACUCCUUUGUAGUCUGGGGAAGACUUUGAACCCCUUCUGAGAAGAAUGUUUUCAAAUGCAUAAAAUACAAUAAAAAACCCAUAGGUUUUCAAAGGAAACCAGUGAUAUUGAAAUACAGUUAUCAAAAUUUAAAACUCUAUUUAUAGACUCCUAGCUGAAGACCUCCUGCCUAAAAUAACCCUGGGAGGAAAACAUUUUACAGAACGGAUCACUGAGUCAAAUAUCUGAGCAAGAAUCGAGCCCAUUCUUAUCCGCCGGAUGAUCUGUUUUUGCUGGCUUUCUAGCUCUGAGAUUCUGAUUUUGUAAAUAUUCACAAACUGUAUUCCUGUUAUCAUCAAUCAAUUAAGCCUUAGUCAUUUUUUUUCUGUAAUCACUGAACUGCCUCCCCCAUUUGAUGGCAGAACAGCCCGUGGCGUUGCUCGCUGGUCAGUGGGAGAUGCCCCCGGAUUGUUUGAUUGCCGUUCCUCCUUGCCAUUCAUCCUCCCCUAGAAAUUCAUCUAGGUUGACAAUGGUAAAGAUGCCCUAAGUGGCUUACAUCCAUUUUGUGACUCCAUUCACGGAGUCACAUGCUUUCGAACCAAUUAGUGAUACAGAUGAACCAGCGUGAUUUGUUUAGUUUAUGAGGGGGAAAAUAGAAUAAUUUGUGUUUUUAAGUGUUUCUGAGAAAUGAAGGCCUCCAAGGCAGAGAAAGAAAAGGAGAAUCAAGAAGGAGAAGUGCAAAUCAGAUGCUUAUGAAAUCGCAAAAACUUCAAUCUAGGCCAGUAGCGAUUGCUCUAAGGAUGACUAGUAUGGGUGGAAGUGAGUAAGAGUGGGGGGUGUGUUCUGGGAGGGGAAGGAGGAGUACCUAUUUACUUACAUGGUUUGUUGAAUUGUCAAAGAGUACUUGGCUGUUUUGGACGUGAACUGCUCCGGAGAGAUGCAGGUAUGACAUGAGCUCAUACAUUCCAUUGGACUACCUCACUCAUUUUGACACGAUGCCAUCACGCUGAGACUUCGGCUUCCUCCGGCCUCGUUUCGUCAUCCUCCCUGUAACAAAAUCGCCCUACGUUUCCCAGUCCUGGGACCCGAUUUCCACGAAAGUUGUAGUUAGUGGGCACGGGGAUCCCGGCCAGGAGGCCUUGUAACAGAAACGGGUGCGAGCCAAGAAGCUCAGGGCUUGAGCUUGUCACCCGCUAUUCCCAACCACAUUCUUCACGGAGCCUUCUCCAGGACAUUCAUUUAUUCCUCCUGAAUCAUGUGAUCACUAAAAGGGGCUACCCAGGAUAACUUAGGAUGGAUAGUCAACUUAGGCUCCUGGUCUCCUUAUCUGUUAGAGGGAGCCAGGACCAAAUUAUCCAAUUACAAAGAAAGAGAAGCUUGGAAAUCUCUGUAUAUUUAUCUGGAAAAGUUAUUAAGACCUCAUUUUGUGUGGUGCUCAACCUAGAGAUGAAAAUUUUAAAUGAUAACUCAGCUAGUCCUUGGAUACUAGACACUGAUCCAUCUCCCGUGCUUUUUCCCCCGAGCUUUUCCAGCAUGGCAGGUGAGCACUAGCUAGCCAGAGAUCGCCACCUCUUUUAGAAUAUUGGCUAGGACCAAAUGUCAUUGUAUUUCUCGGUGACGGCACUCCCAGUGGACGGCACGGCUACUUUUGAAGCAUUUGUACUUGGGAAGUGUAGGAGAAAAAAUUCAGUAAAAGCCAGCCAGCAGCUUCUAAACUUAGGGCCCAGAGCUCUCUAGGGGGUAGGUGCCUUUUAAACACAAAGGUGGAUUCAGUUGAUAUGAACCAGUUGCCAGGUGUAAUGAGUAAACAGCACUGUCGCAGCCCCACUGUGUGGAAGCAGAUGUGCUUGAAAACAGUAAAUAUAGAAAUAAAAGGCAAUUUCUGGGAAACAUUUCUGUUUUUAUAUUUUUAAAGCCAUGUGUUCAAACCAAAUUUAGAGUCCUUUUUGUUUUUAGUUUGGUGUUGUUGGUUUUAAGUAUCUGAAAGAAGAGAAAUCCUUUAAGGGACAAUCUGCAGAAUCCUUUUUUCUUUUUUUAUGCUCUCAAUGUCAAAUGUGGUUUCAAUAGAAACCAAGAUUGGCAGAAGCCCCUAAGUCUCAACCUUUCAAAUUAAUCACUUAAAAACACCCAAACUAUUUUUUGCCACGGUGAAAGAGGAAGUCUCUAAAAAGGCAAAAGGGAAACUUUUAAAAUAGAACCCAGCAUUGACAAUUAAAUUAGUUUUUUCCAGAAAGAGCAUGUCUCACCCUGCAGCUCAUCAGAGUAUUUUUAAGAUUCCUGUCUCUGUAAACAGAGCUUUGAGAUCCUCAGAGGAAUGGCAUUAGAGAAAUGCAGGCUAUUAUCCACAGCGUGUGCUGCACAUACCACAUGAUAGAAUGCUUUUCAGCCUCCAAUAUUUGAGUCACUGGCCUUUUGUUUGCUGUUCUGUCCUGUAGUAAUUUGCAAUCAAAUGAGUUAAAUUUCCUCCAACUCCCUCUCGUAUUGAUUUCUGGUGUCAGACUUUGUCGGAUGCUCUGAAAAACUUACGCCUGUGAUUUUUCACCAGUGCCCACCGGAGAGCCUCUCCUAUCUGUGGGGCAGAGGGGCAGCUGGCUUUGCUUGCUGGCAACGACCUUCUCUCUACAAAAUGGGAAAGGCUUGUUAAAUGGCAAGUUGAUCCAACUCUUAGAGGUGUUUAUCUUAAGGUGUUUUCCAAGACCAGGACUGUUAAAAAAGAGAAGGUUACCGCAGGAAGGAAGGGACAAAUUGAAAAAUAGGAACAUUUAGGCCAAAAGCAAUUUACUUGGCCAGUAGCUGGGUACGUUUCCGUUGUUUUGUUAUUAUGAAUUGUUGUUCUUAUUGGGAUUAUUUAUCAUGAGUGUUGUUUGAAACCUUGCCCCACACCGGAACUUGCCCAGUUUUGUAACAGACAGAAGUGAUUUUGCAAUCAUGACCUAGUGAUCUAGGAUCUGAAGUGCUUUGUUUGGCCGGGAGCAGCUCAUUAGCACUGAGGGGGAUAACGCCCAGGUAGUGCCCACAAAGCGCAUCAGACCACACGGGACUGACUGUUGGGGCUCCCUGAACUGGCCUGGAAUUAACAUCCACGCUGUCGGCCCUCCCAGUGGCUGGGAUUUCCUAAAGGUGACUGUUUGUUCCUUUCACUGCAUGGAGUAAGAAGAAAUGAUGACCAGUGGUACAGGAAAUUCUUGUUCAAAUCAUAGAGAUCUUCAAAUGAUUAGCCAGAAGAACAAAUGUGACUAAUAUGGGGAAGUGAGAAUCAGGGGACUGAGACUUGUAGCCCAUCUCUGGAUAUCUGUGGACCCUGUUCCAUAAAAUUUGUAUUUACUGAACUCACAAAGAUUGCCUAUGACCAAAUGUUUUGUGGUCCAUUGGUGGUGCAGACAUGGAGCUUCUUCCACCUGUAGAAAGUUCUCUGUUGACUACUCCAGAGGGGGUUGUUAAAAUAUAUGUCUCCUUACAUGAAUGUGGGUGGCUAGAUGUGAAUUUUACACACACACACACACACACCUACAUCCUCCGUAAACAAUUUGUGUGUGUGUAUUUUGUAAAUUUGUGGACAAGCUUAAUGGUCUCUUAGAAAUGAGAAAGUAAUAAAACUGGCUUGAGCCAGGCAUGAAUUAAAUAGGGGCUGCCUCCGUUUCCCUGUGUGUCUUCCCUAGUGGAAACCAGUUUUUCUCUGGCACUAAUGCACACACACACACACCCUGAAGGUCUGGAGCUCCUAAAGAUGCCAUUUCUUCUCUGGAGCAAAAUGGUGGCCAACUUUUGUCUUCGAAAAGGAUCAGAUGAUAAAAUGAAUCUAGAGUGUUUUUAAAACCUUGAAGUUCUAAGGCCUAGAUUUUUUAAUUGGGGUCCAGACAGUCUAGGUUAUUGUAUUUCAAUAUAAUCACUUGUUUUGUAACCCAGUGUGUGUUAUUUUAUGCAUCUAAUAAUACUGUUUUGAGAAUUGGUCCGUAAGUUUCACCAGCCUGGCAUUAUACAGAAAAAGUUAAAAGUUAAAGCCCCCAUUUAGGGGAAUUUCCAGCUGUUAUUAUUAAGGAGGAUAUUGUCAGGUUCUAGGGUAGCUUGACUUGGGACAGUGACGGUGGAGGGCGGGGUUUGGAAGAAGAAAGGAGCUAGCAUUUAUUAAGUGCCCGUGUGUGCCAGGUAUUACCUCAUUUGCCCUUCACAACAAUCCCUCGAGGUAAGUGCUGUUAUUACCCCCAUUUGACAUUCAGGAAAUUGAAGCAAACAGGUUAAAUGGCUUACCCAGGGUCACACAGCUAGUAAAUGUCUGAGGUUGGUCUCUUUGUGGCUCCAGGGUGAGGGCUCUGUCCAGUGUGCUGCCCGGCUGAUAAGGGGUGGUCAUUUGAGAAUGAUAUUUAAGGACUGAAAUUCCUCCCCUUUAACCCUUAUAACUUUCCUUCUCCCCUCCCCUUCCCCCCCACAUUUCUUACAUAUGUGGAAAAGAAAGGCCUGGCUCACCCUUCCUGCUGUAAUUUUAUCAAAACAUGGUCUCAGAUCUCAAAGCUACCCUCGAAGCCAAAGUGAUCUCUAGUGUUACACCCCUCAAAAUGACAUUGUGGGAGAAUGAAUAACCUAACAUGGAGAAAUCAUUUAGAACCCAAUGUGGCGCUGGGCUUGACAUGAUCCUUUAGGCAGCCAGUGGCCAUCAGAACCUUGACCACUCAGACUGAAUUUCCUUUGAACAUCUGGGCAGCAGCUAAGAGCUGGUUUACCAUCACAGUCUCUGAGAAGCCACUAGCUCCAAUCCGUACUCAGGUUGAUCACCUUUUACAACAUCCCCAAUAAGUAGUCAUUCACACUUGACUUGAAGGUUUUUAGUGAUGGGGAACUCACUAACUAUCGAGGCAGCCCACUCCAAUUUUUAGGAAGUUUUUCUGGUCAAAAUCUAGAUUUCUUUAGUUUCUCCCCUAAUUUGAUCUCCUGGGGCUCCACGAUGCUAGUAUAAUUUUCACCUGACAUACCUUCCAGUACUGUUCCUCAUAUCCCUUUCCUCCCAUGUUCAACACAAACUUAAGUAUUUUCUUCCAUUCUUGUGAAUAUAUAGGUAAGGGGUAGGUUGGGACUGGUAGGGGGAGGAGGCAAAUCACCCUGAUGGGUCUGUUGGCAGUCACAGCUGGCAAAGAUGAGGGAAAAGGCCAGGACGUCCACUUUUCUAUCAUGCCUUAGCAAAUAAGAAAGAUACCAUUUAUUAAAGGAUGGAUCAUUAAAGAUCUAGUGUUUAUGUAGCGCGUUUAGGGUUUUCAGAGGACUUUGCAAAUAGUAUAUCAUUUUAUCCACACAACAAUCCCGGGAGGUAGCUACUAUCAUUAUUCCCAUUUUGAAGAUAAGAAAACUGAGGCAGACAGAGAGAAAGUAUCUGAGGGCAUCGUUUCAGUCCCCCUGCACGUCUUAACUUCCUAAAGAUGACAUUUUUUUCCUCUUGUCCCACUUAAAAGUUAAUUGUUUUAUUUGUUAUUUGUUUGAAUUCUCGGACUUGGAUACGAGUCCUUGUUGGUGAGUGUGUAACUUACUCUGCCUUUCUAAGUAUUUAAACAACUCAAGGCAUGUAGAAACUGGCUUAUUCUUCAUAUGAGCUUUGACCUGUCAGACAGGUGGUCUCUCUCUGGAAGGCAGGACCAAGGUAUUGUGGUAGAAUUGUACCAGAACUAAGAGCAGGAGCUACCACAGGCCUUGGGCCAGGGGGGACUUAUUUUGUUUUGAGUUUUUUCCUUGCUGUUUCUAAAGAGACAUUUUAGGGCCAGGCCCCGUUUUCUGUUAUAUUCUGCCGUGGCUUUAUUUUGGGGACUGACACCUGAGUGUACCCAAUACAUCACAGGUAGUAACGCUUUAGCUCUCAGGCCAACUGCAGUAAAUUGUGGGAACGCUUCUGUUCCUCUCCGGUGUCGCCUCCCCGAGGUAUGAAAUACCUUGGCUCGGGGCUCCUCGGGGUGUCAGAUUCGUGGAACAGGGCACGGAGUCCGAGCCAGGCUUGGGGCAAGAGGUCAGGGUCAACAAAACAAUUAGGAUGAAAUCACCGGCCCCAUUAAGAAGGUGGAUAACGCCAAGUGGCCUCCCUGCCAGCCUGGCAACUCUUGGGGCUCAUCCCACACUCCCACACUCGGGGCUAGUCACGGCUCUGUGUUUACAUGAGUAAUAGAACUGCGGGGGGAGGGGAGUUGUAAGCAGAGAGCCCAGACUCCAAGGGCUCAUUUGGAGGAAAGCUGACAUCCACGCCGAGGCAGCCCGAGCGGUCCAGGGAUGUAGUAGUGGGCAGUCUGGCAUUCAUGAGCCCAGAUAGAAAUCAGACCGAUGCUUGGCGAUUGGAAUGGCGCCAAAUCUUAAAGGAAGGCCACGCAAAAAGAAACCGUGCCCUCAGAGAAGAGAUUCGGUAAAUGGCGUUAAGGAUUCCAGCAAUAAUUCAGAUGGCAAAACCAUUGCCAAGGUGAAAUGUGAGGCCAGAUCAGCCUUGGCCAAGCCCAAGAAUAACCACAGCAGCUGUAAAAAGGGCUCCAAUGAGGAGAAAUCAAAGGUUGCCAUUGGGGAAGAAUGCCGGGCAGAGGAGCAGGCCUUCCUAGUGGCCCUUUACAAGUACAUGAAAGAAAGGAAGACGCCAAUAGAAAGAAUUCCCUAUUUAGGGUUUAAGCAGAUCAACCUUUGGACUAUGUUUCAAGCUGCUCAAAACCUGGGAGGAUAUGAAACAAUAACAGCCCGCCGACAAUGGAAGCAUAUUUAUGAUGAAUUAGGGGGUAAUCCAGGGAGCACGAGUGCAGCUACGUGUACACGCAGACAUUAUGAAAGAUUAAUACUGCCAUAUGAAAGAUUUAUUAAAGGAGAAGAAGAUAAACCUCUGCCUCCAGUAAAACCUCGAAAACAGGAAAACAAUUCCCAGGAGAGUGAAAGCAAAACAAAAUUAUCUGGAACCAAACGCAUCAAAAGUGAAAACCCAAAGAACAAGAAAGAAAAAGAUCAUGCUACAAAACCCCAGGACACGACAGAGGUCUCAUCGGAGCAAGCGAAGGAGAUGCCGGAUCAGAGAAAUCUGACCGCGCCCCUCACUGCGAUGGAAUUGAAGAAACAGAUGGAAGGGAUCCCAGCGGAGGUGCUCGUGUCCAGAGCGGAUCCCGAAAAAGGAGACUUGAAGGACCAAGGCUCGACCAAGGAGAAAGCGGAGGACGCCAAGGACGAGGAAGAGGAGGAGGCUGCGUCUUCCUUUCUUUCUGCGGUGCUCCCCGAUGAUGAGCCAGCCCAGAUCCCGAUGGUUGGCAAAGAGCUGCACCCGUCGCCGGAUGUCCUCAUUGACAUGAAACAAGAGCCCCAGAUCUGCAGUUUUACAGAUACCCCCGAAAACGAGCUUCAGGAAACCCCCUUUGGCAGUUUUCCCACCAUGCAGCAUCCUUUGGCAAGCCAGAAUGAGAUGGAAGACGACAAGCUGCCCGUGAUGGCCGAUUAUAUCGCCAACUGCACUGUGAAAGUGGACCAGCUUGGCCACGAUGACAUCCACGACGCGUUGAAGCAAAACCCCAAGGUCCUCGUGGUCCAGUCGUUUGACAUGUUCAAAGAGAAGGAGCUGACGGUUCCUCACGACGACCCCGCGUUUAACUAUACGCCUCUGCUUUACUCACGGGGCAAUCCGGGAAUCAUGUCUCCGCUGGCCAAGAAAAAGCUUCUGUCCCAGGUGAGCGGGGCCAGUUUAUCCAGCAGCUAUCCCUAUGGCUCCCCGCCCCCUCUGAUCAGCAAAAAGAAACUGAGCGGCAGAGAUGAACUGUGUUCGGGGCUGUCCCAGGCCCAUCACGGGCCCCACGCGGACCACAUGGUGGUCAGCCGGCCGUCGGUGAUCCAGCAUGUGCAGAGUUUCAAGAGCAAGACUUCCGAAGAAAGAAAAGUCAUCAACGAAGUCUUCAAGCACGACAAGUUAAGUAAGCCGGAUCCUCACCGCUGCAGCUUCUCCAAGCAUCACCUCAGCCCGCUCGCCGAGUCCUACGUGCUGAAGUCCGAGCUAGAGGAGAGCAAGGACAAACUGAUGGAGAAAAGGGCGCUCCAGCACUCCCACAUGCCCAGCUUCCUGGCAGACUUCUACUCGUCUCCUCAUCUGCACAACCUUUACCGACACACGGAGCACCACCUUAAUAACGACCACACGGCUAAAUAUUCCCCCCGAGACAUGUACAGAGAAUCAGAAAAUAUUUCCGCGUUCCCUUCACAUAAACAUCAAGACAAACACAGUGUAAAUUAUCACACGUCUUUGCAUCUGCAAGACAAAAAGGCAGCCUUGGAAGCCUCCUCGGAUGACCAGCCCACAGAUUUGAGCCUUCCAAAGAGCGCGCCUAAGCAGACUGGAAAGGCCCUGGGCCUGGCUCACUCGUCCAUGGCGCAGCAGGAAGGCAAAGCUCUCUCCCAGUUUCAGGUUAUGAGCAGCCAGACCAACCGAGACUGUAACCCCAAAGCUUGCCGCGUUUCCCCCAUGACCAUGUCGGCCCCCAAAAAGUACAUUGAGUCGCUUCCUAGGUCUGGAAAGCCUCAUCACGUGAGACUGGAAAACCUGAGGAAAAUGGAAGGCAUGGUUCACCCGAUGAUCCACCGCAAAACAAGCCCCCAGAAUAUCGGUGCGGCGCGGCCUUUAAAGAGGAGCCUGGAGGAUUUGGAUCUUGUGAUUGCGGGGAAAAAAAUCCGGGCAGUGUCCCCCCUGGAUUCUUCCAAGGAAGCCUCGGCAAAGGACGAGGCCUCAGAGCAGGAGGGCGAAGGCGCCAAACCGGCUCACGGCGGGCAUCCCAGCGGCUCCUUGGAGAGCCACAAGCUCCCCCUCUCGUCGCCCAUCUUCACGGGCUUGUACCCGGGAACCCUGUGCUCGGGCCUCAAUUCCCGCGUCCCAGCUGGAUAUUCUCACCCUCUGCAGUACUUGAAAAACCAGACUGUGCUCUCUCCGCUAAUGCAACCCCUGGCUUUCCACUCCCUCGUGAUGCAGCGUGGAAUCUUCACCUCCCCGGCAAAUUCUCAGCAGCUCUAUAGACACUUAGCUGCGGCCACACCUGUAGGAAGUUCCUACGGGGAGAUUUUGCACAACAGCAUCUACCCUCUAGCUGCUAUAAACCCUCAGGCGGCCUUCCCAUCUUCCCAGCUCUCCUCUGUGCAUCCCAGCACAAAACUGUAAACGCAGCCUUCCAAAGCAUCUAAAGGAAACUGUCAGUCUCGUAGCUUCACUCCUUACCCCGCGAUGACAUCUUCAAGAAGGAGGCGUCGCUAUUCCUUCUCAGCUAGGGCUCAGGAUCCACCCUGGGAAUCCAACGGAUAGGUCUCUUGGAUCGGGGCGAGGCUGCGCUUCGGCUAGCUCGGCCUAGACCCCUUUCCCAUUUCGACGACCUCCCCGAUCUCCAAAUCAUUUCACUUUGCACACGAGUUUUGUGAAGGGAUUUACAUCGUCCAAAAAUGGCUAACAGAGACCCUCAUUUGCCCCCAGAUUGUUGGGCCUGAGCUCGAAAGGUGGCGAUUCAGAGGAGGGGAAAAGGAAGAUGGUGGGGAAUCCACACCAUUGAGGGAUGCCCGGCUCUGGGUCAGUUGCUUGACUUUUCGAGGUUAAAUCAAUGCAAUGUAUAGUGAAUCUGCAAUCGAUCUUUCCUUUUGACACUAUUAAGCCGGAAAAGUAAACACUGUUCAAUUGACUGUAUAGACUUGCUUCUUCCAAGGUACCUGUAUUUGUUUGUUCCCAUAAUUUAUAUACAGGUAGUUCCAUUUCCCCUUCUUCCCCAGUUUAUUCUGUCCUAUUUUUUUUUUAAUUAAACAGUAUCAUUUUGUUGGCAGGUCU